AUGGCUGCGUGUCUUACCUCCGAGAUGCUGCAAAAAUCCCACAGCCCUAUCAUCGCCAAAUCACCACCUUUCAAGACCGCCUCCGUCACAAUCACAGAAGUCACCACACCACCAUCACCAGAAGCCAAUCCAGCGCCUCGCCCACAACGCCAGAUCCUCCGCGAUCCAGCCUCUAUCACCACAGAAUUCGAUGAACUUCGGUUUAAUGCUGCAGCAUACACGCAGCUCAUCCGGCGCCAGGACCAAAACCUCAGUGUACACAAAAUCCCAGACCAGGAAAACGAACGAGAAGAAACAUCAUGUUUACUCAUCAGCUCCCCCUACAAUCUUCCCGGCCACUACCUAGACAUCACAUCCCCCGCCCUACCCACCUCAUCCCGCCUCUUCGCCCUCGCUCUCACAGCACUCAAACCAAUCGUGGAAACCUAUGCAACAACAUCCUACACCUCUGCGCUAAAUCUCGACGAUGUUUUGAGUUUACUUCGGGACUUGGUUCGUGAAGAAGAGGAGUUCAAGUGGAAAGAAACAUCCUUUUACGUAGUAACCUUCCGAUCUAAACUCAAGGAAAGCGUUGAUAACGAUUCGCUGUACAAGCUUGAUGCAGAGAGUCAUCGAGAGGCGUGUGAGAGUGGGGGGUUAUUGAAGUAUUGGUUUGGGAAGACGGAUGGGGAGAGGAGAAAUUUGGCGACUUGCUUCUGGCAUUCCCGUGAAGACGCGUACAAGGGUGGUCUGGGGCCAUGGCAUAGGAAAGCUCGCGCUGCAGGUCGUGAGCUAUAUGAGUCUAUUAUUUUCACUACUCACCGCUUCACUGUUCUGGAUGGAGCUGAGGGAUAUAGGUUUGAGGAUUGGAAUGCGUAA